AUGGUGGCUGCGGCGGGCUGCACAGUGGCUUGCGGAGUCGCCCAGCAGCCGCAGGAUGCUGCCGCUGGGACGCCAGGAACUUCUGCUGCCGCGAGGGCGCUGCGGCGGGCGCGCCAGCUGGCGGCCCGGCAUGCCGAUGCGGGGCGAUUGCAGGCCGCCCUGCACCGUGUGGAGGAGCUCGAAGUCGAGCUUCAGAACCUGCAGUCGGCGGUGCGAGCGAUGAUGCUCCAGGCCGUAGAGCAGGUCGCAACUGUGUUGCCGACGGAGAAGGAGCCUUCGCCGCCUCCGGAGGCCCACCCGGGUGCGCAGACCUCGCUCUGGGUGCACGCGCUGCCUGGGGCCACGGUGUCGGCCGCGCCGUCCCCGGAGGCGGAGGUCACUGACCGCUUGGCCCUCAUGGCGCCAGUGGUCAAGGCGGUGCUGACCAACUCAAGGGCAGACUCGAUCACGGUCCGACGCCGCAACGCGGCGGGGCACUGCUGGGGGGCCCCAGCGCGUGCCAUCCGCCGCAUGGGCAGGGCCAGCCUCAACCGCCUCCAGCGCAGCGGAGGGGGCUCGGGCACCAAGGCUCGGCAGCGCCCUGCGAGGCGUUUCGACCUCGCCCAGCGGGCCCGCCUCGCCGAGGUCGCGGUGCAGAGGACGAUGAAGGGCAUGUUCCUGGGGAUGCCGCUCACGUUGCCCGUCGUGGCGGCACGGUCCUGGCGAGUGACCCUCGUCAGGCUGGAGCUUCCCCCGUCGGGGAGCUCAGGGGAGAUUCCGAAGAAGGUCGCGAUGAGGGUGAUGACGGUCGUCCUGAACACCGCGGCGCUGGUGCUGGGCUGGUUCGCGAUGCGCCUCUCGUCGCCGCUCGUCACGCUGAAAGGGUUUCUCCCGAUGUUCGUGGAUGUGGAGCCGCUGGAGGUCUGGCUCUUCCCCGUCUCGGUGCGCCCGCACCUCAGGCCGAGGUCCAUGCUGAAGCCUCCGACGUCCACGACGUCCAUGGUGGUGGCGGUCGUCCAGUGCACCGUGGCGCAGGUGCCACGCCUGGCGGCUGCGAACAUCACGAUGCUGUUCGGCACGCUGGUGGAGUUCCUCGUGUUCUUCUGGCAGGGCCUCGCGCUGCAGAUGCCCCUCUGGAGGCGUGCGAGGCGGACGAGCAGAUUUCCCUCGACAUCGGCGCCGCCCCCAGCGCCGCGUUGGCCCGCGGCGACGGCCUCCCCGACCCGUUCGACGAGCGGAGGGUUACGGGUGGGCGCCCUCCAGCGCCACUUCGUCCAGACGGUGGGCACGGAGCGGUUCGGGGGCAAGCCGUUCGAGGUCUGGGUCCAGGAGCGCGAGGCGGAGCACCGGGCGCAGAUCCUGGAGAUCAGGUGCGCUCACAGGGACGGCCUCGUCGCCAAGCUCAGGCUGAAGGCCAGGCGCAAGUGA